AUGCCGCCAAAGGGAAAGGCAAAGAAGGAGGAGAAGGAGCUCGAGGAGAAGGAUGAGCCCGAGAUCGCUGACGGCGACGACGACAGCGAUGAUGAGUCGGAUGAGGACAUGCCUGCAUUGGAAGGAGGCGCCAAGGACGAGAAGCACAAGCAGAACAGGUCCGAGAAGAAGAGCCGCAAGGCAGUCUCCAAGCUGGGCAUGAAACCCAUCCCAGGAAUCACUCGCGUGACUGUCAAGAAGAGCAAGAACAUCCUUUUCGUGAUUGCGAACCCCGAUGUGCACAAAGCGCAGUCCUCCGACACGUACAUCGUCUUUGGGGAGGCCAAGGUGGAAGAUCUCAGCGCGCAAGCCCAGGCCAAUGCCGCGCAGCAGUUCACGCAGGGGCCCAGCAUAGGGGCCAAGGAGAUGGAGGCCGCCAGUCAGGGAGCUGUGAUCGAGGAAGUCGACGAGGGUGAAGUUGAU